CUCUGACCUGAGGAGGAUACUGGAAACUCCGGCUCAGUGUGUGACUCUCUCACAUCCGCCGCGCGUUCAUAUUUAACACAACAUCACAGCUAACAAUGCGUUGCCGUGUUCAAACACCCAGCAAUGCAGAUUUUCUUCGUCGAAGGCCCGACUUUGUCUGUUACAGCCGGAUAAUUCACCUCAGUCGUUACCUUUACUCCAGAGGUGGGCGGUGACCAUCAGCUCGGAUGUCUUCUCGUUUGAAUGUUGUCAGCUUUUAAGUCACAAUGAAGACACGAUUCACCACUGUGGAUAUUAGGGCAGUUAUCGCCGAGAUCAAUGCCAACUACAUCGGCAUGAGAGUAAAUAACGUGUAUGAUAUCGACAAUAAGACCUAUCUCAUCCGGCUGCAAAAGCCCGACAGUAAAGCGAUUCUUCUGAUCGAGUCUGGGACCCGUAUUCACUCCACAGACUUCGAAUGGCCCAAGAACAUGAUGCCUUCCGGGUUCGCAAUGAAAUGUCGAAAACACCUGAAGACGAGGCGACUGACCCAGGUCAAACAGCUCGGCAUUGACAGGAUUGUGGACAUUCAGUUUGGUUCUGAUGAGGCUGCUUACCACUUGAUUGUUGAGCUUUACGACAGGGGUAACAUCAUUCUUACAGACCAUGAGUAUACCAUCCUGAACCUGCUGCGGUUUCGCACAGCAGAGGCUGAAGAUGUCAAGAUUGCUGUGAGAGAGCGGUACCCUGUGGAGAGCGCUCGGCCUCCUGAACCUCUCAUCAGUUUAGAGCGACUCAUUGACAUUCUCAGCAAGGCGCCAAAUGGGGAGCAAGUGAAAAGGGUCCUGAACCCUCAUCUUCCUUAUGGUGCCACUCUGAUAGAACACAGUCUGAUUGAAGCAGGACUGCCAGGUUCUGUCAAAACUGACAGCCAAGUUGAUGCUGCUGAAGUUGCACCUAAAAUCCUGGAGGCGAUGCACAUUGCAGAAACAUACAUGGACAAAACCGAGAACUUUAGCGGCAAAGGUUACAUCAUUCAGAAGAGCGAGAAGAAACCAGUCUUAACUCCAGGCAAACCCAGCGAGGACCUUCUCACAUAUGAUGAAUUUCACCCAUUCCUCUUUGCCCAACAUGCAAAGAGCCCUCAUUUGGAGUUUGACACUUUUGACAAGGCAGUGGAUGAGUUCUUUUCUAAGAUGGAAAGUCAAAGGAUUGACAUGAAGGCCUUGCAGCAGGAGAAACAAGCUCUAAAGAAGUUGGAAAACGUUAAGAAGGACCACGAGCAGAGGCUGGAGGCCUUGCACCAAGCACAGGAGGUUGACAGAGUAAAAGGUGAACUGGUGGAGAUGAACCUGCCCGUGGUAGAAAGGGCACUGCAGGUGGUGCGCAGUGCACUGGCCAAUCAGGUGGACUGGACUGAGAUCGGCACCAUCGUGAAGGAAGCGCAGGCUGCUGGAGACCCUGUGGCCUGUGCCAUUAAGGAGCUGAAGCUGCAGACCAAUCACAUCACCAUGCUUUUAAAGAAUCCAUACAUUUCAGAGGAUGACCAGGUAGAAGAAGAACACGCUGACGUCCCUGAAGAGAAAGGGAAGAAAAACAAAAACAAAGGACAAAGCAAGAAGCCACAAAAGAACAAGCCCAUGUUAGUGGACGUGGAUCUUGCCCUGUCGGCUUAUGCCAAUGCUAAAAAGUAUUAUGACUUCAAACGCAGUGCUGAGAAGAAGGAACAAAAAACCAUUGAAGCAGCAGAUAAGGCCAUGAAAUCAGCAGAGAAGAAAACCCAGCAAACACUAAAGGAAGUCCAGACAGUGACCACCAUUCAAAAAGCCAGAAAGGUCUACUGGUUUGAGAAGUUCCUGUGGUUCAUAAGCUCGGAGAAUUAUCUCAUCAUUGCUGGGAGAGACCAGCAGCAGAACGAGAUGAUCGUCAAACGCUACCUCCGGGCUGGAGAUGUCUAUGUUCACGCUGACCUCCACGGAGCAACUAGCUGUGUCAUUAAAAACCCCUCAGGUGACCCCAUCCCUCCUCGCACUCUGACCGAGGCUGGCACCAUGGCCGUGUGCUACAGCGCUGCCUGGGAUGCGAAGAUCAUCACCAGUGCUUGGUGGGUCCAUCACAAUCAGGUGUCUAAGACUGCUCCCACUGGAGAAUACCUGACAACUGGUAGUUUCAUGAUCAGAGGAAAGAAGAAUUUCCUGCCUCCUUCUUACUUGAUUAUGGGCUUUGGAUUCCUCUUCAAGGUAGAUGAUCAAAGUGUGUUUAGACACAAAGGGGAGCGAAAAGUGAAGACUGUGGAGGACGACAUGGAGGACGUAACAUCCAGAGCUGCUGAGCUGUUAGAGGAGGGAGAAGAGCUGAUCGGUGAUGACAGCAGUAAUGAAGAUCAGGGUGAGAAGACAGCAGAAGGAGGUGAAGAUGAGGAGGAGGAAGAGGAGGAGAAGAGGAAGAUCAAAAAGGAAAACAAUGUCUCAGACUUGGAGAGUGUUCCUGAGAAGCCUGCAGCAGAGCAGAACAACAUGGAGGUGGAGGGAGAUGAAGACGAAGGGAAAGAGGAAGACAGUGGGAGGAAUAGCGACACUGAAGAAUUUGCCUUUCCUGAUACGACGAUCUCUCUGGCACAUUUGCAGCCCAGCAGGAAUAUUCAGAAUGCUGGUUUCAAAAAGGAAGCAACUACUGAGGCUAAUGUCGAGUCGAUUGGGAAGAAACGCAUGACUGCCAAGCAGAAAAGAGACGAGAAGAAGAAGAAACAGAAGCAGGAAGGUUGUGACACGGAGGAAAAGGCUGAGGCUGCAUCUGGUGACGCAGUCGAUCCACCAUCUAAAAGUGGAGGAGGACCCUCCCAGCAGCCGCUGAAGAGAGGCCAAAAGAAUAAACUGAAGAAGAUCAAGGAGAAAUAUAAAGACCAAGAUGAAGAGGACAGGGAGCUCAUGAUGCAGCUGCUUGGGUCAGCUGGACCCGCUAAGGAAGAGAAAGAUAAGGGGAAGAAAGGCAAGAAGGGGAAGGGGAAAGACGAACCCGUCAGGAAACCGCACUCCCAGAAACCACCUCCGAAACCUGCAGCAAGGAAACCAGAGCAGACAGCAGGAGGGCAGGAGGAGGGGGAGGGGGGUGCUGCAGAGCAGGAGGACAAGGAGGAUGAUGCUGAACAGGACAACCCCGGAGCUGAGGAAGCCGAAAACCUGCUCACGUCUCUGACGGGACAGCCUCAUCCUGAAGACGUGCUGCUGUUUGCUGUGCCGGUCUGCGCUCCCUACACUGCGCUGUCCAAUUACAAGCACAAAGUCAAACUGACACCAGGUUCUCAAAAGAAGGGAAAAGCUGCAAGAACCGCAGUGUUCAGCUUUAUGAAAGCCAAAGAGGCCUCAACCAGAGAAAAAGACCUGUUUCGCAGUGUUAAGGACACCGAUCUUUCCAGAAACAUGCCUGGAAAAGUUAAAGUGUCUGCUCCAAACCUUUUGGCUGCCAAGAAAAAGUGAACAUGGACGCGGCUGGAACAUCACUGAUUUAAGUGGGACUGAAUCAUUUCAGACAUGGAGCUUAUGAGUUCCCUAUUUGGAUAUAAAUAAUUUUAUUGUACUGACAGUUUGUUGAAAUGAAAUGAUGUAAAUUAACAAUAUUGAAUAAUGGA